UUCUUAGAAUUAUAUUGAUAGAUUAUUAUAAUUUUUAAAUGGUUAAAUUUAUAUGGAUAGAAAGUCCAAUCAUUUUCUCUCGUCGUCUCGGAUCUCUCUUCCCCUCUUCCUUCGUCUCUAGUCCUGCGCCUUCCUCUCCUUUGAUCUGUCCUGUCAGCGGGGGACUUGAUCGUCUAUUAGAUGGCUUCCGAGGAGUCAAAUGGAUCUCUCUUCGAGGGGAUGGUUGUCUUCACCGCCGACGAGGUGCCAUCAGCACCGCCGCCGCCGCCGCCGCUGCACGAGGACCUGUUCUCGGAUCUCACCCUACAAAUCCAAACCCCCUUAGAUCGAACACCGCCCGCCCCCGCCCCAGAACCGAUUGGCAACCCUCCACCUUCCCGCCAGGCCUCUCGGAAGAAGAAGAGAGCAGUCCGCGUCGGAUACGCCCGUGAUAACGCCGUCCCGGAAGAACCCCCUCUCCCCUCCCCCUCGCCGUCCUUUGCUGCCCUCCCUGCGGAGCUGCGUCCUCCGACGGAGCCGUCCGCCUUUCGGACUGCAUCCCGGCUGCCGCAAGAAUCACCGCUUCCUUGCGACCACCCCGGCCUCGACGUUGCUGCCACCGCCCAUUCCGAUGUUCGACGAGAAGAAGAAGGAGAAGAAGAAGAAUUAGAAGAAGAAGAAAGAGAUGAGGCCCAAGUCGAGGGCGGUGAUUCUUGUGCCGCCCUUCGAGCAGUCGCGGAGGAGGAAAAGGAAGUAGAAGUAGCUCCGCUGUCGGAUUCGGGGGUUGCGCUUCCAGCCGAGAAGGAGGAUGCAUUUGGUUCCAUCGAGGAGAAGUUGGCUCUGAUCAGAUCUCGGAUCUCCGGGAAGCUCGAUUCCAUCCGUCAUAGAGCUGCUGCUGCGACCGCGCAACGGAAGGAGCUGCGGAGGCGGCAGAGGAAAGUGGCAGGCAAUGUGAAUUCCGCAUCCGCGAGGUAUAGGGAAUUGGAGAUGGAGCUUGAGGAGGCCUGUGAGGCUGAGAACUUUGAGAGAGCCGAGAGGAUCAGUGAGAGCCUUGCUGCUGCAGAAAGGGAGAAGGACAAGCUCCUGAUAGCAUUGAAAGAUGCUGACGUGGAGUGUGAUGCUGUUGAUUCAGAGAUGCAGGAGGUACUCGAGUUGCAGGUAGCAGCUGAGGAGGAAGGUGUUACUCUGCUGCAACAGUUUGCAAAGGAUGCAACUGAUUAUGCCAAUUUAGUGCACAAGAAUGCAGAAGAAAUAUCUGCUAAAGAAUUAGAAAGUUGGGAAGCAUCAAUGGAGUUACUGGAAAUCAAGAAGUUAGAGAUGGACAUUCAAUCAACAUUAGUUCUUGAAGCACGUGCAGGACUAGAUGAGGCAAUAGAGCAGUUGGUUGAGGAUGAUAGGAGACAACAAAAUAUGCUGAAGAGGAAAGGGGAUGUUCUGGUGAAAGAAUUGGGCGAACUAUUAGAAUUGGUUAGGCUGAAAGAAGUAGAGAUUGCUGACAAUGAUCAUCAAAUCCAAGAAGUCGAGAAAAGAAUCUCCAAUGUGGUUGCUGAAUUUAAUGUGACCCAGGCAAGUAUUGACGCGAAGCAUGCUAACCUGCAGUCAGCCCAAUCCAACAUCGAUUCGGAGAGUGAAGCAUUGAUCAUAAAGAAAAAUAAAAUUGAUGAUUUUUUAUCUGUAGCUGAACAGAAAAGCUCCAAGCUAAUGGAACUCGCUGGUGUUACUUCAGAUGAAGCAAAAACUCGUCAGGAUUUAGUUGGACUGAGGAAAAAUUUGGCAUCAUCGUGUUUGAAGUCCAUGCAGGAUAGAGUGAGUUUGGGUAAGAUGGAGGAGAAAAUAAUGGAAGAUGUUCAAAGACUCAAACAACAGAUUGCCUCUGCAAGAAUAAGCCUGCAGGAGUUAUCUUCAAUGAGGGCAGGCAUGCAGCAAGAAAUUGGUUCAUUCCAGGAGAGAAUAAGCUUUAUAAACAAAAGAGGGCCUGAACUAGAGGCUGAGAAAAAAGUUGCUGCUGCUGCAAGAAACUUCAAAGAAGCCGGCCGGAUAGCUUCUGAGGCAAAGGUACUGAAUAGUGAGAAGGAAGACCUACAAAAUAGAUGGGACAAAGCCGUUAUAGACCUGGAGAAAUUAGAGUUGGAGAUUAGGGCGACCUCUGACAAAAUACAGGAAAGUGAAGGGCUAAUUUUGCUUAAGGAAAAAGAGGCAGCAAAAGCCGGUUAUAAGAAGCUCAGAUUAAUUUCUGCUGCCGCUAGAGCUGAGAGAUCAUAUGCUCUUGAAAUGGGUGACUUUGAAGAAGGUAACAUGCUACUUCAAGAGGCUGCAGCUACAGAAUCCAAAGCUAAGGAGCUCCAAGAAUCCUACAGCCUACAACCAGAGGAGGAUGAGAACACGCAGCAUGUUGUUUCCAUAGCAUGUAUCACCAAUCUUGCAGCACAGCAUUUGGCUGAAAUGGCUUCUUCUUUUAACAUAUUGAAUGGAAGUGAAUCACGAUCAUAGUUUGUGAGACUUAAGCAACUGCUCUUUAUGCCAAACAUAAUCUUCCCCAUAGAAGUCCGCUUGUAGAUGAUUUAAUACAAGAACACAUUGAUGAGCUUGUUGUCUAUGCUCUCUCAUCUUCAUUGAGAGCCUUUUACGCAGCUGCUUCACCAUAAUUCAUUUGUUCUUCUUUCACUAUCUUACUUUUUCUGCCAUCAAUUCUUUUCCUGCACAAAAUGGCCAUGUUUAUUCAUGAUAAUAAAGUGGGAAGAUCUCAGAAUGCCUGUUUUGCUAGGUUAUUUGUUUGGAUAGAAACCCUUUGUUCGAAUAUUGUACAUUAACUUCCAUUUAUAAUCUUUUCGUUCAGUUUAUAUUUCACUAUUUGAUGACCCUGAGAUAUCAAGGAUGAAGUUUUACAGCACGCACUUGGAUUUCUCUGAUGUUUGCACUUGACAUGUACUCAAAGAACGUGUGCUGUCUUGGUAGUCCAGGGGCUGCAUUUUUCUUGUGCAUGGUAGGAAUGUAAUGGUCCUCAUCAAAGUCUUUGUUUGGUAAAUAACAGCUCUCCUUUACGUUGUUCACAAAUUGGCCCACUGAUUAGCGUCAAAAUAUGGUCCAUCUUAUCAUUCAACAGAGGUGUUAAUUGGUUGCUUACACAAAGAUUGGAUAAUGUAAUAUAGGGGAACUUGAUUUUCAGAAUGGACAACCUUUCUGUAUGCAGCACUGUAAAGCUGAAAACAAAUACAUCAAAAAACAUUGUCGAACCCGACGCUGCGAUCUUCGAAAAGGACUACCAACAGUGGCGCGUCAUAUGCCGAAUGGUUCGUGACCUUGAUUUUGCCGUAAGAAUAAUAGGCUCUGAAAUAGUGUGCGAAGUUGAUCGACUUGCAAUGAGCUCACGCAAUGUGUGCCUCUUGCAUGGACGGAGAGACAAGCAUUAGGACAUAACACAGGACACAGUGGUUUUACCAACCUGAAGAAGCAGAAAAAAUAGGUGGUGGGAGCUGGCAAGCAUACCAGGGAGCUCUUUUGCAGUUUCCAUCUUGAUGAUUUCCCUGCUGAAUCUGUGAUGCACAAGUGUUUGGAGCAUUUCGUACCUCUAAACAAGAAGUUACCACUUCGAUCAGAACAUCCUGGAUUCAUUGUGCAGAAGGUUUAUGACACUGACACACAGUUGAAAGGAAACUUUGGAAGUUAACCGACACGGAUUAUGAGGAUUAACUAGCAACAUGAGAUUGACCUUCUUGUUCAAAAAACAUGACGGCGCUUAGGUGAACUUCCUGAUGUUGAGCCUGAAGAAAAUGCUUCUGAGACUGUUGAGCAAUUGGCAAGUAAACGAACCAUAAGGAGGAAGCUGAUGAAUCCUAUCGAUGUUUCAAGAGCUGAUGAUUCAAUCACAAGAUCUGACCAUUUUAUGAAAGCAGACACACCUGGAAGCUGCAUGAGUGACACUUUAAAGUACAAUGCUAUUUUGUUGAAGUUUAAAGCAUUGACUGGUGAUUCUCAUCGUGAUAAGUGGCUGUAUAAACUUCUACAAGGAAUCAGGGUAGCAUGCAGUCCAAAGGAAGAUGCUUCAGCCGACAAUAAAAUGUCAGAAUAAUGCUAUAUUAGCUAGACGCUUCCUUAAUAAAGAGUUGGACCCAGUUGUUAUCUUAACCAUGUCUCCAAAUGAGCUAAAGGAUGGGUUGACUGCGGAGGAGAAAACAACAAAGGAACCUGAAGAAUCAAAACAGUUGCAGCUGUUAAGUUGUAGCAUUUCUAAGCAGGUUUCGCGUGGCUUGAUGCACGAUGUUCAAUAUGUGCGGAUAAGAAAGUAGGAAUCUCUGAGAUUAUUCGCGCCGGUGUCAUGGGGAUCAAAAUCAGCUCGAGUGCAUAGCAUGUGGUCAUACAUGGUACACUCCUCGAGAUGCCAUCUCAUCACUAACCAUCGACACUCCAAACAUUGUUGGAAAUGCGGGCACAGCGCCAUGGGCCACCGCCGAAUUCGAGGACGUCGAGAAGAAGCUGGUUAGCCCCCGAGAAGCAGAGAAGCCUGCUGUUGACAUCUUUCACAAGUCAACUGCGGCUUAUAUGCCUGUUCUGGAAACCCAAAAAUCGUUCAACAGAUCAAAGACAGAAGAUACUGCUAACAUACAUGCAACAAAUCGUGAAUAGCUUAUCGAUGGUCUUCUUUUUUUAAGGGCCACUUUGUUUCUUGGGGGCCACUACGGGGAAAUUGGAGGUUUUAGUUGAGCAAUCUAUAGAAUUAGCAUCUGUACAGCACUCACAUCAAACUUCUGUUGUAUCUACGAUCUUAUGCCACCAUUGUGAUAGUUUUCUUUCGUGUACUGCUUCUUUCUGUGUGUACCCCCUGGAAAGAUGAAAUUUGCUUGUAUGACUUUCAUGCGGAAUUCGACAUCCCAAAAUAAGUAUUUGUUAUUGUA